UCCCCGGGCCCCCCCACGGCCUGGCCAGGCCGGAGGCGCUGUACUACCCGGGAGCCUUACUGCCUUUGUACCCCACUCGGACCAUGGGCUCCCCAUUUCCUCUGGUGAACCUGCCUACACCCCUGUACCCCAUGAUGUGCCCCAUGGAACACCCCCUUUCUGCUGACAUCGCCAUGGCCACCCGAGCAGAUGAGGACGGAGACACGCCUCUCCAUAUUGCUGUGGUGCAGGGUAACCUGCCAGCUGUGCACCGGCUGGUCAACCUCUUCCAGCAGGGGGGCCGGGAGCUCGACAUCUACAACAACCUACGGCAGACACCGCUCCACCUGGCUGUGAUCACCACAUUACCGUCUGUGGUCCGGCUCCUGGUGACAGCUGGUGCCAGCCCCAUGGCGCUGGACCGCCAUGGCCAGACGGCCGCCCACCUGGCGUGCGAGCACCGCAGCCCAACCUGCCUUCGAGCCCUGCUGGACAGCGCAGCUCCCGGCACGUUGGACCUGGAGGCCCGCAAUUACGACGGGCUCACCGCCCUGCACGUGGCAGUGAACACCGAGUGCCAAGAAACCGUGCAGCUCUUACUGGAGCGCGGUGCCGACAUCGACGCCGUGGACAUUAAGAGCGGCCGCUCCCCGCUCAUCCACGCCGUAGAAAACAACAGCCUUAGCAUGGUGCAGCUGCUGCUGCAGCACGGCGCCAACGUGAACGCACAAAUGUACUCCGGCAGCUCCGCGCUGCACUCAGCGUCCGGCCGCGGGCUCCUCCCGCUGGUGCGCACACUGGUCCGCAGCGGCGCUGACAGCAGCCUCAAGAACUGCCACAACGACACGCCGCUGAUGGUGGCGCGCAGCCGCAGGGUCAUCGACAUCCUGAGGGGAAAGGCCGCCCGGCCUGCUUCCACCUCCCAGCCAGACCCCUCCCCUGACCGGAGCGCCAACACCUCCCCCGAGAGCAGCAGCCGCCUCAGCUCCAAUGGUCUUCUCUCUGCAUCACCGUCCUCCUCACCCUCCCAGUCUCCCCCCAAGGACCCCCCUGGAUUCCCCAUGGCUCCUCCCAAUUUCUUCCUUCCUUCCCCAUCUCCACCUGCCUUCCUGCCCUUUGCCGGGGUCCUCCGAGGCCCUGGCCGGCCGGUGCCCUCCUCCCCAGCUCCAGGAGGCAGCUGAGGGGGAUGGGGGGGCAGAUCUUGGACUCAUGAGGAGGGGCCCCCUGCCCUGUGGGGUCAACCCUUCUGGAAACUGUGAAGAUCUCACUCUGCCCCCCCCCAUCUUCGGGACCAGGAUUUGCACAGAAGCACAUGCACCUACCCAUACAGCCCCUCUUCUGAGCACAGUUCCCCCAUCUCGCUCCCUGCCCAGAACUCUGACCCCAGUAUUCUCAGGCACCAGUCCCUGUCCGGAAUGCCACCCACAUCUUCCAUUUCCGUGUCCCCUCCCAGAGCUGGUGGACCCAGGGAACAGCCACUCCCCUCCACACUCUACCAGACAACUGAGGAGGGGAGAGGUGGGCUGUAACAGACACGGAUCACGAUGUAAAUUAUUAAGCAUUUUGGUUGGAUUUCUUUUGUAAUAAACUAUUUUUGUACCAUA